AUUUCAUUUUCAAACCAAUAAAUUAAAUAAUAAAAUGAUUUCCCGCACAAACAAGCACUGCGUCUCCUUCCUUCCUCCCUCCUUCUGUCCUCUGAUGUGAGAUGAGUCUCCACGCUCUCACUACCACAUUCUUCUAAUUCCUCAUUCCUUCUUCAAACCCUAAUCCCCAAUUUCGCUUUCCAUUCCUUCAAUGGCCUCCAAGGUCCCCGAAGAAGGCUCUAACACCAAGACAGAGGACGAAAACCUCGCUCUCCGCACCAAGAACAAACGCUCUCGCCGAGUCAGCUUCGCGGACACCGAGAUCACUUCCGUUCACUUUUUCCACCGGGAUGAGGACUACGAGACGCCUCCUGACUCCAAGCCCAGCUCUCGGGCCAUGGACACUGCCUUGGAGCCUGACAACGAGGUGAUCGGAUUUUUCAGGGAACUUGGCGGUGAUAGUGAUGAUUCCGGAGACGAUGAAGGGAGUAGUGAUGGCAGGAAAUCGUUCCUCAGGCCUAUUGGAUCGCCUUCCCCUGGGAGCAGUACUGCUGGUUCUGUCACAUCCAAUGAUGAGGACAAUUUCUUUGGUCCUGUAUCGUCGAGUUUCAUUAGACCCGGAAGACUUUCUGACUCUGCUGCCUCAGAUGAACAUCAUGAGACGACUUUGGAUCAGACAACUUUUUCAUUGCAUUACCGAAGUAUUGCGAUGUCAGAUUCUGGAGAUCCUAAGACUCCAACAGCUGUCCGCCUUGUUUUUGAUGAAAAGACAGCAACAAAGGAUUCUAAUCGUACUGAUUCAGGAAACUCUAUGGCACUAACAGAAUUUAAGAAGGUAAGCUCUCAAUCUUUGGCUCCCUUUGAAAAGGUUAGAGUUGGUGAAGAUUCAGAUGACAUGAGUAUGGUGGAUGCAAACCCAAAUAAGUAUAAUUAUGGGUGGCUAUCACCCACAUUAGAUGCAUUAUUGGCUGAAACCAGCAAUGAUCUCAAUCCUGAACCAGUUAACAUUUCUGCCAAUUCUAAAUCACCAAUGAGUGAGGUUUUGAUAUAUGAGGCCAACCACCACAUGGAUAGUAGAAAUGGUAGAGAUUCAGAAAUUGACAUUUUCGAUACUCAUGAGAAUUCGGCUAAGGUCCCUUCUGUAUCUAACAUCAAUUUGGGUCAAAGGAUUGGUGGAUCUCCUUACAAAAUUGCUUCUGAUUGCUUGUCUGAUCAAAAUAAUGGUCAAACUACUGGUGUCUCCAACCAAAUGCAAAGCCCUAGUCCUUUAAUCAGUUUAAGAAACCUAUCUAUCAUGAAUACUCCUACGUUUGCCGGAGAUACAAACACAGUGUCUCCUUUCUCAAAACUGACAAAUGUCCAAAGUAAUGAUUACAUGAAGCAUGACCAGGGCAUUUUGUCAAUUCAAAAAAGCAGUUCUAUGUCGAUAAAUCCUAAUAUAUCAUACAUGGGUUCCUCCAAUAUCAAGCAGGGGACUGACAACUUGAAACAUAGAUUGUCCAAGUACUCAUAUUUAAGUUCUCCCUACAGUAGUUUUCUGGAUAAAGAUGGCCAAGAACUCCUACAUGAGUCUGUGGGUGCUCCUGUUGCUUGUUUGGAGGAACGAUUUAACAAAGACAUUGAGGACCUUGUAAAAGAUGGAGAGCCUCUAGAUUCAAUUUCAACUGGUACACAGAGAACACCAUUGUCUUCACACGUUCAGUCGGCAUCAUCCGGAGGAAAAGUAAUCCAACGUGCCCUAAUUUCAGAGAAUUCUGUAAAUAAGAUGUUGUUUGCUCGUGGAACUGAUUCCACAUUGGCUUUUGAUCAUCAAUCCCCUAAGAAUAAAGUCAUCUCCAAUUUUCAGCCGGAGGGCUCUGAGAACAUUCAAAUCAUAACAAAAUCACCGACCUCUACAAUUUACGGUAGUGGAGCUACUCCCAGAUCUACAACUCUUGAGAGCCCGUCCAUUAAAGAGUUAUCUCACAGCUCUUUCAAGGAUGUGCCAAUCCAAUGUCCCAUGACGGAAACACCAAAUAAAAAAUCUGCACAGCUAGAUUCAAUUGAGAGUCCCUCCAACAACAUUCUAACCAAGAGUUCCCCCAGGAAAUUGAUUACCAAGAGUCCUCUCAGGAAAGAACCGACUUCGAGAUCCCCCAAGAAACUGCAACCUCAGAAUUCCCCUAGAAAAGAGUCAACUAUGCUUUGCACUAUUAACAGAGAGUCAUCUCAAAGUCCGUUGAUGGAAAAUCUUAUUUUGAGUCCCCUUGGGAGUAGAGCAAUUCAGAGUUCUACCAGGAAAGAACCAACAGAGAAUUGUUCCAGAACAGAAUUAUCUAAAGCAUCAAAUGGUGGUGGCAUGCCAUCACCGCAGUCUGAUUUCAUUAGGCAUGAAAACAACAAUCUUCAUGAGGAACAUCAUAUUUCACAGAGUCCUUUCUCUCAAAAAGAAGCAGAGAUCUCUUUUGAACGGAAAAGAAGAGCAGAAUUUGUUCUUGAGGAUGGAAGACACAUGUACAAAAAUCCCAGGGUACAGAAAAGUCCAGAACUUCACCAGUUUCGAAAUAAUGAGUCCGAGCUCCUUUCAUUUCAUGCUAAUAAAAAGUCUACAGAAACAGACAAAACUGUUGGUGACAGAUCACAGAAGCAUUGGCUUGAUAUUUUGGCCAAGUUUUCUAGGGAUGCAGAUCCUUUGCUCUCGCCAUCAAUAAAUAAGCUCAAUGUCCAAGCAAUUAGCAUGUUGGAAGAUGUUUUGCUUCAUUUCUUGAAGAUUAAGAAAUAUGAGAUGCUUGGUUCUGAAAUCCAGUCCCAGAAAGUUGCUGACCACACCAGUGUUAGGCAUAAUAAAAGGAUAACUGAAACCAGAUUGUUGCUAUAUAAGCUAGUUUUUUUGAAAGCCAAACAGCAUUUAAUGUGCCUAAAGCAUGAGAAAUUGCUGAAAAAAGGGGAACUUUUGACCUCUGGAAUUGAGGAGUCUCAAAUGUUGAAGUCAAAUUUUAUCCAGCAGUUGAAUUGUAGAAGAGACACUCAACUUGUAGCCUGUCAUCUUCAGGCAUGUUCAGAUAAUCUUGAUGGUGAAUGCCCGGUUUUGAAUGAUACUAUCAGUACAAUGAAGCAGGAGAUUAAAACAUUAGAUGGAAAAUUAAAUAGCUUAAGCAGUUUCUUGCACAAUUAUUCAAAGUGCAAAGAAGAACCAAGUUAUGCCAAUUCUCUUGCAUCAGUUCAAGAUCAUCUGAAGAGGAAGCAAUGUUGCAGGCUUAUACGUCAUGAAUUACAGUUGUGGAAAGUUGAUGGUUUUGAGAGUCAGAAUGGUCAUUACAAUGUUCUUCUCAACUAUCAGGGCUACCUCAGCCAAAGGUUUACACUAAAUUCUGGACCAGUAUCGAGAAUAGUUGUCUGUAAUCAACUGAAUGACAUCAAUGUUAUGAAGCAAUUCCCAAACAUGGAUGCUCACAUUGCAUUUGCAUUCGUGUUAAAUGUUGAGGCUGUCAAAAGAGUUGUUGACUCAAAAUGUAUAGUUCAAGAAACUCAAGGAACACAUUCUCUUCUAUGUAAUUUGCUAGGUGUUAUUGAGGAGGUACAGAUGGCUCAGAUAGAGCUUACGAAUUUGAUUCAGACUAACUUCUUCUCUCCAUCUGGUCAGCAACUUAGCUUGCAGCUUUGUUUUAUGAAUUUUCAUACCGGCAGGAAGGUGGCUUUGACCCUUGAUGUUACAUGUCUAAAUAGUGGGGUAUAUCCUUCAGAGAUCCUUCCAUAUGAGGUACAUGAUCCCAAGACUGAUUCACAAAAUUCGAGGCCAGUUGAGAAUGAAAUUAGAUCUGCAGCUGAGAAUCUUGAAGUUGGAUACAUGAGGAUAUUGAGGCUCUGCAGAUGUGUUUCCCAAGUUCUGCAAGCUUCAAGCAUGUAAAAUUUGUAAACAAUGGAGAUUAGUAAAUAGGACACUUCAUGCACUUGUCCAUUAAAUUUGGGCAUUGUAGUUGGUGUUUUGUGGAUGGUGAGUACAGGAGGUCCUGUCCUUGCUCUUAUAUUUUAGCUGAUGAUAGCUCCAUCAUGUAUUUGAGAUUUCUAUGUGUUCCUAUAGCAAUGUUCUAGCUAACUGUCCAUUGCUACGAGUGUAAAGUUAACAAGUCAAUCUAGUUUUGUGAGCUUGAGGAUUUCUUUA